UCUAAAGCAGCAGCGCCAAGCCCUCCCCGCUGCCCACCAAGGAGCGGGUGUGUGCCCAUGGGAGCCCCACCCUGGCAGACGCACACAGAUACCAUUGCCAGGGCUGGGCUGCAGCGAGGGGGUGAGUAAGGGGCAGGCUUCAACUCCCCUCGGAGUCAAUCUUUCCAAACAGGAAAGUCUCCUUGUGUCGCUCAGGAGAGUGGAGCCAAUGCGUGCCUUGGAGGAGGUCUGCUCUGAGCCCUGUGCAGAUUGGUGCUGAUGAUUCUUACCAGUUGUGUGUAUGUGCAAGAAAAAAAAUCAGAGACGCUGCCUGCCUGCUCCCAUCUCGCUCGCGCGCGCUCUCUCUCCUGCUCUCUCCCUCCCUUUGCAAACAUUGGAUUUAAACCUGCUCAGAAUUCAGCACAGAGGAAGGCAGCCGCGGCAGCAGCAGCAGAAGCAGCAGCAACCCGGCAGCCAGAGCACCGCAGCGUCGAGAUGUACCAUCCCGCCUACUGGGUCGUCUUCUCCGCGACAACUGCCCUGCUCUUCAUCCCAGGAGUGCCCGUGCGCAGCGGAGAUGCCACCUUCCCCAAAGCUAUGGACAACGUGACGGUCCGGCAGGGGGAGAGCGCCACCCUCAGGUGUACCAUAGAUGACCGGGUCACGCGGGUGGCCUGGCUAAACCGCAGCACCAUCCUCUAUGCGGGGAACGACAAGUGGUCCAUAGACCCUCGCGUGAUUAUCCUGGUCAACACACCAACCCAGUACAGCAUCAUGAUCCAAAACGUGGAUGUGUAUGACGAAGGUCCAUACACCUGCUCUGUGCAGACAGACAAUCAUCCCAAAACCUCCCGGGUCCACCUCAUAGUGCAAGUUCCUCCCCAGAUCAUGAAUAUCUCCUCGGACAUCACUGUGAAUGAGGGAAGCAGUGUGACCCUGCUGUGUCUUGCUAUUGGCAGACCAGAGCCAACUGUGACGUGGAGACACCUGUCAGUCAAGGGCCAGGGCUUUGUCAGUGAGGAUGAAUACCUGGAAAUCUCCGACAUCAAACGGGACCAGUCCGGGGAGUAUGAAUGCAGCGCCUUGAAUGACGUGGCCGCCCCGGACGUGCGGAAAGUGAAAGUCACUGUCAACUAUCCUCCCUACAUAUCAAAAGCCAAGAACACGGGCGUGUCGGUGGGUCAGAAGGGCACCCUCAGCUGCGAGGCCUCCGCGGUCCCCAUGGCGGAAUUCCAGUGGUUCAAGGAGGAUGCCAGGUUAGCCACCGGCCUGGACGGAGUGCGGAUUGAGAAUAAAGGCCACAUGUCCACUCUGACGUUCUUCAAUGUUUCAGAAAAGGAUUAUGGGAACUAUACCUGUGUGGCCACAAACAAGCUUGGGAACACCAACGCCAGCAUCACAUUGUAUGAAAUAAGCCCCUCAUCAGCAGUGGCAGGUGGGUACAGCAUGUUCCUUCCUUCCUCUGCCUGCCUGAAUGCCUGUGCUUUUGAAUUUCAGCCUACUUCAAAGAUAGGCUUGCCUGCUUCACCUCCCUGAUUUAUUUCUCUGUAGUGCAUAGACUUCAAGGGGCUUGGUUUGCACUGUUUAGGUAGCAAGCAUGUAGAAUAUGAUGGCUUUCACAUGCACACUUAUAGAAUGUCAUUGUAGGUUUCAGGGGAAGGAGCUUUUGCCCCCAAAACAAUAAACUUCUACUUGGUUGCCUUUAAAAAGGAUGAACAUUCUGCUAUUUCUGCACACGGCAAUACCAAGAGCAACCCGGCCCAGAGAUCAAAUGGAUUAUUAGAUGACUGUCUCCGUGGAGAAGUCACCCUAGUAUGAAUGUUUUAUUCUUUUAGCCCAAGGCAAAGAGGGCUAAUGACUAGUUCUAAAAUUUUAUUUUAAGAUAGAAGUACUUGGGGUCAUUAUUCAUAAUGGUAAUAUCUACUAUUUACCAAAUGUUUACUGGUUUCUAGGCAUCAUGUCAUGCUUUGCAAGACAGGUUAUUAACCCCAUUUUAUAGAUAAGUAGAAGGAGGACCAAAGAGCUUGAAUAACACUGAAGUCCAUAUAGCUAAUAGAUGCGCGCGCACACACACACACACACAUACACUCCCUCAUGCAUUUAGAUGAAGCAGCAGCUGGUGCUCAGCUCUGCUUCCAGAGGGGGAAGACACCCAGCCCUACUAUUCUAAGACGUCAAUCUCAGCCACAUGCAAAGUGAUGACAUUUGAAUUUUCUGGACCUGGAAUCAGCUCUGCAACUGUCACUUUUCAUAGCUCCUGACCCAGGACACUCACAGACAUAUAGCCCUGACCACAUUCUGCUGCCUGGGAACACCCAUCCCUUGGUUGAUAGAACUGGGAGGAAAGGGUGGGAUGAGGUGCCACCCUGCCACUGACCUGCCAUUACCCCCUGGUUAGUGGGGUUGGCAGUGCAGGACAUACAGCCGAUAGAAGGGCCUAGGACUGACAACCAUGUGACCCUUCCUGUCCCUCUCUGCCAUUAACUAAAGAAAGAAGUGUGACAUAGUGACAGAAGUGCACACCAAGACUGCCUUAGUCUGCUCAAGUUUCCAUCACAAAAUACCAGAUUGGAUUACCUAAACAACAGACAUUUAUUAUUUCACAGUUCUGGAGUCUGGUAGUCCAAGAUGCAGGUUUUGGUCAAUUCAGUUUUGGGGAGUGCCCGAUUCCCGGCUGUGGAUAGCCGCUAUUUUCUCACGUGGCCUUUCUCCUGAGUGCUCAUGGGGAGAAAGAAAGAGAGAGAGGGAGUCUAGCAUCUCUUUUGGUAAGGACACUAAUUAUAUUGACUCAAGGCCCCACCCUUAUGACCUCAUUUAACCUUACUUAUCUCCUUAUAGUUUCCAACUGCAAGUACAGCCAUACCGGGGCUUAGGGCUUCAUCAUAAGCGUUUGGUAUGGGGGAAGCAACUGAGUCCAUAGCAAAGACAUAGAUUCACAUCCCAAUUCAAGCACAUGUCAGUCACUUAAACUCGCUGAGCUUCCUUUCCUCGUAUAUGCUAUUGCCAUGUUAACACCUCCCUUGAAAAGCUGGCGAGAGGAUUGAAUAAGGUCAUCCAUGUAAAUAGUCCCAUAAAUGCUACGUUCAGAUGUGUGACUUUGACAACAAAGGCUGCAAGCCUCAGUGUACUUGGCUGAAUGGGAUGACAUUUCCUGGCCUGCUAACAUAAGAGUGUCGUGAAUUAUCAAUAAGAUGGCCAUCAAAGUGGUAUGACUUGUGUACACGCCAGGUACUCUGAUUCCUACUGGCACCUGCCAGCACUUGUUGUGACAUGGCCCAUCCCCUCCCCCUUCCCUCUACGUGCCCGCCAGAGUCAGGCUCCAGUGGACUGCCUUCCUGUCCUCCAGUGUGCCCUGCACCCUGUCCUCCAGUGUGCCCUGCACCCUGUCACCACGGCACCCGCCCACCCCAGUGAUUCUCCCUACCUCGCCUCACCUGGUCAGCGCCCACUCGCCUCUCAGCAUCCCUUCCUGCAGGACGCCUUUCCUGACCUCUCCGAGUAGAUCAGCUCACCCACUAUGCGUCCUCUCACACCUCCUUUCUGGCUGCCACGCUCGUGCAGUGCACUGAUGAGCGUUCAUUUAGCAAAUACGCGUUCAGGACCUGUUGCAAGCCAGGCACUGUCCUAAGUGAUAAGGAGACAGCAGUGGCUCAACAGAUAGACUGCUAGCUUCUAUAGACUUUACCUUCUCAUUGCAACUUUGCUUUUGUUCUAUUUAUUUAGUUUGCUUCAUUAGAGUGUUUCUUCCUCCUUAGCCAGUGAGCUCCAUGAACACAGGGACCAUGUCUUGUUCGACACCUAGGCCCUAGGUAGGGGUCCACACACACAGCAGCUGGCCAGCAAAACUUUGAGGAAUGGACGGAUGCAGGAAUACACGUGGAGACAGAAGGUGAUAUUGGUGAUACCCACAGUUCAGCCACCAGGAAUUGAAAAGUGAGGGAAUAGAGUAAGGGACACUGUGUCUCAGAGGGUCCUGGAGGCCAGGCUGUGCUGCUCACUGGCUGAAUGGCUUUGAGAAAGUCAAUCUCAGUGGAGCUUGUCUUUUUUUUUUUUUUUUUUAGAUCAGUUGAAGGCAUUCUGAUUAGAUGUUUUCUGUGGUACCCACAAAGCCUAGUUCUGUGAUACUAUGAGUGGCAGUAGCUUCAGCCCAGGGUCAGAGUGCUAGCUAGUGUCCAGUGACCUGCCCUUUCUGCUGGCCAUGAAUGCUCUUCCUAGUGCCCAAUGCCCCCAUAAUUAUGGCUAAUAAUUACCUACCACUUGCUGUACAUGGGGCCACUAGGCUAAGUGCUUUACAUGUUUAUCUCCCCUAGUAACUCUAUGAAGUAAGCACUAUAUUUAUCCCAAUUUUACACAUAGGAAAUUGAGAAGUUAGCUCAAAUCACACUGGCUUAUCUGUGCUUGAGCUGGGAUUUGAACCUAUGGUCUCCAAUUCCAGUGCCGGAGUGCUUUGCCCCGAUUUCAGUCCAACUUACAAUGCUUGGUAAACCAUCAUGGAUAUUGUGGACAACCUUCUCAAUAAAGCCUCCUAUCAACAGUUGGUCUGCUUGAACCCAUCUCCCACACCAAUGUCCCCAAUUCUAGCUUUCUACCUCUAAGCUCAUUCUUUUAAAGGACAAUUUUUUUUUUUUUUUUACAUUUCCAAUCCCUAGACUCAUACUUUCCAAACACAUGCACCCCAUCUGGGGGGUGUGUUUGUGCUUAUGCUCACAGAUUGUCAGUCUGUGUUUUGAGAACCCCCUUUGACUCUGCCCCUGUGACCCUUCACAGCAUGCCUCUCUCUCACACACACCUCUUUGGAAUAUUUCCACGCCUACAUGCAAAGAACAAAGAAAAAUGGGAUAAAAGCAAUUUCAAAAGAAUACAGAAGACAAAGACCAUGGAGACAAUGGGUUGGUGAAUGAGUUGGAACAGGAAAUGAUUAGGAGACAUGUGAGAGACUGCAUGGUGGGUGGGUGGUCUUCAAAGAUGAACGGGUGGUUGGCAUCCAUGGGAAAAGCUUCUUCCUCAUCACACCGGUUGCCUUCCCCUCCCAGAGCCACAAGGACAGGGUGGGCACUUGGCAGAGCUCCAACUGAGCAGCAUGUUAGACCACCCACUGUCCCCAGCCCCAGGGGACUGCAGCGGCAGGAGGCGGAGCAGAGCCCAACACCCCCCACAGCUCAGAGCACAGACAAAGCCAUGACUGUGCUGCCUGGUUGUAAGAGUUUAUUUAAAGCGAAUUGCAUAGUUAAUUGUGUUUUAAAAAUAUAAAUAAUGGAAGUGAAAAUAACAUAGAAAUAAGGUAUUCAUCAAAAUCUGGAAAAAAAUAAAGAUAAAAAUCCAGAAUGAGAGGAACACACAACUUAUUUCCAGCUUUCCGAGGCUCUGUUCUGAAUUUGAGAAACAGUAAGAAAAUAGGGUGAGGGACAGAAAGCAAUCGUCUGUAACCUUGGACAUGGUGGCAAGCGCCCUGCGCUGUUGGAAAGCAGCUUGCUCCACGUUUCCGUUAGCUUUAUGAGUGGAUGCGGCCAUUUGAAGGCCCACCUGGAGCCCUGGCGCCUUGAAGCCUUGCCAGGCCUGCGUGCAGGGGUGGCGGGGCUCAGCUUGCUGGCCGCAGCUCUGUCCCUGGAGGAGGUCAUUCGCUUCCUCUCAACUUGCCAGCCCACGUUGCCUGCUCUGGGCCUUGAGCAAGAGACCCCAUCCCCCGUCCUUAGCCUGCAGAGAGGGAAGAUUCUGGACUUGAUUACAUCCUGCGCCGCAGAGAGCGCGAUGCGCUUAAUGAGGCAUAUAAACGCCUGGAUUACUGGAACUGGCAGGGGAAAGGGACAGAGAAGGCAAACAAAGCCAAAAAGGAGGGGGGAUGCUGCAGAGAGAAAAACAGAUUUCUCACAUUUUAUCUGUGAAAUUGGAGCGACACAAAUUAGUUACAUUAAGAGUUAAGUAUCAGGCGUAGGGACAAUUCAUAGGAAUCUUGUCACUGCAAGUGAAAAAGGCAAAAUACUCCAGUUAAGGCAACAUCUGGGCUCUGGGUUUCCUGAGGCAAAGCCUCAGCCCCCUCGGAGCAGCCUGGGCUGCAGACAACCUCGGUGGCUCCUGGAAGCCAUGAGCACAGAAUCUGUAUCUUCCUCUGCUAAUGGCCAUUUCUCCAGAAUAAAUACACCCGUCACACCGGCUCUGUGAACCUGGUCUCCUCCAGCCAGAGCCUGCGCCAACCCGCUGCUCUCAUCCUCUGCUGCACGACUGGCCUCCCUGCGCCCCACCAAUGCCCGUGGGCACAGCCGUCCACGCCCACGUCCCACAACACCUGCCUCCACCUUCACCUGCCAACCCUUUAUUAAGGCAUCCUAACAAACACACCUUUCCCCAGGGGGCUCCUGCUGGGACACGAAGAGUGGGCACAAGGGAUGGAGGAUGCUCUGCAGUACGCCCUCCACGCACCAUCCCAUGCCUGCUCUUCCCUUCACCCCCACGCCUCUAAAAGGUUCAGCCAGCAUUGUCCCCACUUCCUCACGAGCCCACUGAUGCCUCAGCCUACUGCUAUAUCUCCCUCUAGCAGCCCCUCCUCUCAGUGCCAGGCUCCUUGUACCCUCAUGCCCCACUUCCGGCUUCUGUGCUCAGGUGGUGACUUUCUUCUUACCUUCCUAUCUCAGUCCCCUUCUGGCUCCUCUAUCACCUGCUCCAGCAGUCCCCCAAGGAGUAGGGUUCCAGAAAGAGGAAAAGGGGUCCUCCAUAUCUUUAAGCAUCAUACAGAGCAGUGUUUCUUGGCCUGCUUUAGAUUUCUUUAGGAUGCUUUAAAAAUGCAGAUUCAUAAGCCUUGCCCUAGUCCCAUUGAAUCAAAAUCUCUAGGGAAGGUCCUGAGAAUGUGCUUUUUAAGCAAGCUCUCCCAGGGAAUCUUACCCACACUGAAGAUUGAUGGCCUCUGAGCACUAGUCUGAUCUCUCCUGCAUCUAUAUCUUUAGUUCUCCCUUGAAUGCUAAGCUACAAACCACAUUCCCUACCUGAAUAUUCCACAGGAUUCUCAAACUCAUUCUUUUGUUCCUGGGAACCUCUCCCCCUCCAGCGUAUGCCUUGCCCCUCACCUGCGCACGCUCACUGGGAUCCCUACGGUCAUUUGUGGCCUCUUGCUCUCCCUCAGCCUGUACCUCUGUGAGUCAGUGAGUCUUAGCAAGCACACCUUUCCUCCGACUGUGGCGUGCAUCUCACCUGGACAGUUGGGGUAUCUCUCCCCUGUCUUCGAUAAUCCCUCUCCAAUCUGUUUGCCCCAACAGGGCCAAGUGACAUUUCUGAAACUCAGAAUAGACCUUGUCCUUUCAGUUACAGAAGACAUGGCUACCAGGACAGCAUGGCACUAAGGCUGCUCUCACUGUGAGGUCAGCCUGCCCUUCUAGCUCCCCUGCCUCCAGCAGGCUGCCCCCUGAGUCCCAGAUGCCUUCACAUAUCUAAGUCUUUGACCACGCUGCUCCUACUCCCCACCCAUCCACCCUUCACUCAUCCAGUCAUAGGUAUUUGUUUAGUGCAUUCUUAUAUGCAAGGAAUUAUACUAAGGACUGACGGACAAGGAGAAACAGAGUUUCUGAUCUUGUACAAACAAGUAAAUAGGCAAUUACACAGAAGCCAUCAGCUAUUAAGUUUCAGCCACACAUGGCUUUAGACGCCUAAGAAUCCUUUGAGAUAAAUAUCGUUAUUAUUUCCAUUUCACACAAGAAGAGCCCAGAGCUCUGAGAAUUUAAGUGAUGUGACUGCACCCCCCCACACACACCAGAGAGAAGGAAUCCCACCAUAGACAGAAGUGGCAGUACCAGUUUUUGCACCCAGGUUUGUCUGACUUUAAUCCCAGGUUUCUUUCUGAGCCAUGUGUAUGCUGUCUCUUGCAGUGGCUCGAGGGUCACAGAUGUAGUCUUUUGCCCUCUUCUCUGCCUGAUAAAAUCAUACUCAUCCUUCAAAGCUCUACUCAGUGGCACCCCAUGUGCAGAGCAUUUGUGAACCCCACUGGAGAAUCAAUCCUUCAUCUUUUGGGCUGUCGUGCUGGCUCCCCCUGAGGCUUGCAUUUUGUUUGUAUUUGUUUCUGCACUUAGAGGACAUAACACUGUAUCUUGCAAUGGUUGCUGCCCAGUAAAUGUGUGUGGAAUUAAUAACUCUAUCUUCUAGUCAACAGGGGCAUCAGUUAUAGCCUCUGCACAGUUUGAGACCCUUCACUAACCAAAUAGAAACCAAAUACUCAAAAGGACUUGCAGUCCUCUCCCCUCAGGGAAGUCAAAUUGCUGUUUCUCUGGCUUUCCUUUUCAUUCCAGCCUCUCCCAUGUCCAAUUCUAAUUUGAAAUUUAGGGCACACCCCCAUCUUUCUUGUGAGGCAAGCUACAUCAGACAUUCCAAUUCACUGUUUGGGAAGACGUUCAUCACAUGAUUUCUUCUUGCGAAGACAUCAAAAGCAGCAUGUAUUUGUCCAUUUCCUGCUGAUAAUGUGUAUGAUUUUUAUUUUUCAAAUCCACGAUGUAAAUCCAGGUGGGAGGGAAUGAGUCAGAGAGAAACACCAUCGCUUUUGGCUGAUGACAGCAGAGUAAUCAUUUGUAUUUUCCCCAACCUGCAAAAUGUCAACAUAUUAGAAAAAAAAAUAUGCAGACAUUUCCCAUUUCAUUCCUGAUGAGGUUCCUUGUCACUCACCCACACCCCACCCUCCUGUCUGAAUCACUGACAUCUGGCUAUUAGCCUGAGCAUUUAGAAUUUAACACGGAGCGUUCAGGGUGUGCUGAAGUCAGCACAGGCGCGAGACUAUGGUUCAGCAUAGACUAAACUCUUGUCUCUUUCUGGUCUGUGAUGAGCUGACAGAUUUGAAUUAACUUCUGAUAUUAACUUCUUAAGCUUUGUUUUUGCAGUAAGCACAAAACAGGAAGUGUUAACAGAACACAACAAAGAUGGUUGUUGUGUUUGUCUCUUUCUCUGCUCUUCUUAGUCGGGCUGGCUGCAAAGCCAGUUAAUCUUUCUUGUGAAACAACGCAGUGCUGUAUUUUCCACUGUAAUUAAAGACAAUGGAGGAAAAGUUCCCUUUGAAGGGAAACGAUGUGCCUUCAUCAGCUGGCUCUGCUGAAAAUAGGUUUAUGUUUCGCCAACAAGUAUAACACAUACAUCCUCUAAUUAGAUUUCCUUGCUCUUCUUUUAAUCACCAAGAACAUCAUUAUCCUUUUGGUUCCUCAUUAGGAAGGUCACAUAGUUCAUAAUCAUACUUAGAAAACCUGUCCAAAUUUCAGAACAAAACUGUAUCUUCUCAGGCUUCAGAUGUUUCAUUGAUCUCACUGUGCUAUCAACAAGUUCGACUUGCCUGUGGGUUUUUUCUUUUCUUUUCCUUUCUAAUGCUAUCACCCUACCACCUGCCAUUUUUAGUAGAAUUAGAGCUAUGCAGUCUACUGUUGUUGAAAAACCAUGCCAUAUUUUCAUCACAACCAUAGAAAGAAAAAUGAGCAACACAUUCCAAUACCUUCAUCUCUUGUAAUGUACCCCGCAUUUUUAGGCUUCAAAAUCUCUCACGAGGCAGGAUCACAUAAUGAAGCUUCUGUAUUUUCUGGGAGCUUUGUUCUGAGUUUGGAUACUGUGAUUGUCAACACCUGCCACUCAAGGGGGUGAUGAGCCUCCCCUGAAUGCAACAGCGCAUGCUCAGUUGCAGGGUGGCUAGGCUUGACGUCUCCAGUUCUUAUUUUGUAGGCACGGAUUAAUUCUAUUUUAAGUCCUCAACCAAAUUUGCUUUUUAAAAAUCGAAUGUUUAGUAUAUUUAAUUCACCAAGAUAGGCAGCCUUUCAGAAGUAGAGUUUAUUUGUUCGUUUGUUUGUUUAUUAUUUGUCUGAUCUCUGUGGAGUUUCACUCCUACCCAAGAGGUCCUCCUCUGAGCAACUGUAUUCUUGCUGCACGCACCAAUUGGCCUCUGUGCCAUUUCUAUAGCUUGUCUCCUGACCAUUUCAGCCUUUCUCUCUCUCUCUCUUUGUCUGUCUCUCUCUGUCUCUCUCUCUCUCUCUCCACUAUAUUCUGAAGGCUAACUUAUUUUUGUCUGUAUUCUGUCCUCAAAGCGUUUUGUUAUUGUCAUUAUUGUAAUUUAGAGAUUGUUUUGUGGCUUUGCAUCCUCAUUUCAGCUUUUAUUUUCAAAGAUGCUCAACACUAGGCAUGCAGGAAGCCUCCUUUUGAGCACUUGGAAGGGUGAGGGAGGAGGGACUGGAGCAAGGAAAAAGGCCAUGAUUACCUGCUCUCACUUUCAAUUUAGCCUGGAAAAAUAUUUAGUUAAGUCUGAUAUUUGUAGCAGCCAUUCUAGUUGAAUUUAGUCAUUGUUAAUCAUAAACAGAGAAAGAUUCCUUAAAUGUGGCAUUUGCCCAGAGAAAGAAUUGGGCUUUUAAAUACACUUCCUCAGGAUAACUGGCCUUUCUUAGGAAGCUUUUAUCCAUGGUUAACAGCCACCUCAGGUCUUUCCAGAAGGGACCGGGUUACUCACUCACCAGCCAUGGCCACCUGCGCUUUCAGCCAGUGUUUGACAGUAAUUCUGAGAACCUGGUAUUCCGGAGGGUCUCCCUUUCCACAGUAGGAUCCUUACACGAGACGCUGUUAAUAUUUUAGAGAUCAGCAAUUCUUGUCCUGGUUCUAAUUCACCUGAUAUUUAUUCAUCCUUUACUCUACACUUGGCUACUUUACACGCCAUCUUACCCAACCCUCAGAGCAAUACUGAGGUAAAUAAACCUACCCCUUCCCCAUUUUACACAUUAAAAAAAGAACUGUUUCAGAGAAGCUGACUGUCUUGUCUGAAGUCUUCUUACCAGUGGGUUGCACAGCCAGAAUUCAAAUUCAGUUUUGACUCUUAAAUUCAAUCUUCUUAAGACUAUCCAACAGGCAGGAUGUUCCCGAGAUGAAGGGGAUUUGGGGUUAUUUGUUCCAAAUGGCUUUCUUCCCAGAAUCUGUGACAGUUUAAAAAUAUAUUUGUCUGUUUGCUUGUUUGUUUAUUUAUCUGGACCAGGACAGAGGAUAUGCUAGCUCCUUCUGGAAUAGAAGCUGUUUGAAAGUAGAGACUGUGUCUGUCUGUCUGUCUUUCUGAAAGCAGAGCCUGACACACGGCAGGCACCCAGUAAAUAUUGUCGAAUGGCUGUGACUCCUUGGGGCUGGCUUGGGGUCUGCUUCCUUCACAGGAUGACUCUCCGCCUUUGGACCUAGCCAGGAGGUUGGCGCUGGCCCUCCCCCAGCGCACUUGCCAAUGCUCCACCUCCCCGAGCCCUGCCGCCUCUGGUCUCUCUCAGCAGCAAACACUCUCCUUUAAACCAUCUCACCUCUUCCCUCACACUCCACCAAAAUCGCACCCGGGCUUCAGUGUAUUUAGAAAAGAUCUAAAUAAGCCACUAUUCAGCUCAACUACGAACUGGGAGGGAGGGCUAUGGAACCCCCAGUCGGUGGGAGCAGUUGCCGUGAUCACAUGACUGCUUUGGGCCAGGCACUGCACUCAUCACGUUAAUCCUUUAACUAAUCCUGUGGACUCAGAGUUAUUAGCCCUGUUUUCAGUGAGAAAUCUGAAAGUACCUCAUCUAGGAUCACAGAGCUGCCAAACCACAGGUCAGGAUUUAAAUCCAAAUUGGUCAGACUCCAUAGUUGCUAGGACCAGCUGCACUUUUGCCAGUGACAUUAUCCCAAAGGAUGACGUUAUUCCAGACUAGGUGCACGGCCGAGGAGGUGGCGGAGCACAGAGACCUUCCCUGAGGUCCCUAGUAGAUGGUUUCCCACCUGCACUUCCAGAAAUCCUGCUCCUUGGUCUUUGCUUCAAACUCUUGGCCUUUAUCUAGGUGUUCUGCAGGGUCAGUUUUCUGGAGUGGAACACGUAAUUGAAAAUCUACCUUCCAUUUCCGAAUCUUGGAUUCUAGGUUUUGGAUGAGAAACUACUUUUCUCCCUAUUUCCACCAAAAUGAAAAUGAAUACACCAUUUGAAUUCCUACCUCUAUUUAUUGAAAUUAAAACUGGUAUCAUUUUGGGUGUCAGUACCUGGAGAAGUCCACGCUGUAGGAAAGUAGUAUUCAGCCCGACUCUGGAGUGGUGUGCUGCAGGCUUGGUGCCCGUGCUGCUGAGCGCAGGGGGAGACUUUCAACACCGUGUCCCCCCUCGAGACACGGGGAGCCCUGCAUGUUCAUUCAACUCACAUUUGCAAAGGCCUCCUGACAGCCUAGGGGACCAAGUAUGAGCCCCGAGAUGACAUGGGACCACACCAAAUUAAACUACAGCAACCUAUCACCUCCAUAUUAAAUCUCAGAGAAGCAUCUGGCCCAGCCUGGCAGAACACGCCCAAGCCAGAUGCUUCCUUUUACUCAUUUCUAGUCGGGGAAGGUUACUGUAAGGAUGCAAUUAAAUAAUCAGGUCAUUGCCGAUGAUUUUUGUCUCACACUCUUCCAACCUAGAGAGUGGUACAUAGAUGUGAGCCCCUCCUCCUGCUUCUAAUAAAGCCGAGAGCCCUCCGGGGAGCCCUGCUGCGCUGGCAUUUGGCCCGUCUGCCUCAUCUCCCGUGUGUCCAGGACCUGACGGACGAAAGCGGUGCUAGCUUUCAUCUCUGUCGUAGUGGAUUGGAUGAAUUCUCUGGCCACAAUAGCCCGGCCAUUUCUCAUACACCAAUUGACCAAAGGCACGUUGGCAGCAAAUGGCCAUAUCACCUGACACUGCAAUGCAGGUGCUCGUUAUACCUGCUAAAGAAUAAAAUUCCCUGAAGCUGCAUAGAAAAUGGGGCCCGACAGGGAAACUCUGGGAUCCAGGAAGGUUCAGCGCCCUCUUGGGGAGGUCUCAGGAGGAGGGUGCCUGCAGGAGGCAAGAGCUGGAGUGAUGAUGUUUCUGUCACCUGGAGAAGGCUGCCCGGCUGCUCAGCAGCUGUCCGGUCCACUACCAGAUGCGGUUCCUCCUCUUGCGAUAACUCAGAGCACCGACAGGCAAAGAGCCCUAGACUAGCCUGUCACACCUCCUCUCCCAGAGAACCCAGGCCCAGAGAGGCGAUGCCACUUAGCUAGGGAGCCGCUGAGCCACACAGAGAAGGUGGGCUCUCGGCCAUGUGUCCUCCUGCCCCAUGACGCGGUGGACACUGGGAAACACGCACAAAUGGCCACUUUCCAUAGAGAGGAAGUAGAGCUGUGAGAAUCAAGAACACGGACUCUGGGGAUGAGGACUUGGCUCUAAUCUAGUUCGAGGCCAUAUAAGUUGUGUGGCCACAGGCAAGGUGUUUACAUGCUCUGAUGCUCUGCUCCUACUUUCCCCGUUCACACAGUGGAGAUGACAAUAGGAGGACAUCCCUCGCCGGGUCGAUGUGAUGGCUAAACGAGUUAAUAUGUGUUUAGCAUUGAGAAUCAUGCUUGCCACGUAACAGCACAAUGUAAAUGGUCGCCACCCUCGGCAAGCUGAGUGGCCUGUGUGUCUGCUAAGGCCCCUGACAGCUUCCACUCUUGGGAACGCUGCACAGCACCCGAGUGGGCUGUGAAGCAGGCGUCCUCGAACUGCGGCCCGCGGGCCACAUGCGGGUGUUUAUGCCCCGUUUGUUUUUUUUUUACUUCAAAAUAAGA